AUGAAUACAUGCAGACAUGUACAGAAGGUUCGUCUUUCAUCAAAUCAUUCAGUCCUCGAUGCACAAAAAUGGACAUGUGCUGUUUGUUCUUCCUCUGAAGACAUAUGGGCAUGUUUAAGCUGUUCCCAUGUUGGAUGUGGCAAGUAUAUCGAGGAACAUAUAAAGCUUCACUACAAUGCAACAAAACAUCCCAUAUCCAUGAAUGUUUCACAGAAAUAUGUUUACUGCUAUGAAUGUGACAACUAUGUACUGAAUGAUAAUGCCGCUGGUGAUGUGAAGAUAUUGAGGAACUGCUUACAGGCUGUAUCAACACAGCAACAUCAGAACAUCCAGUCUAACAACCCUCAACAUCUCAAUCAUUCUUCAUCAACGGUUUCAUUGAAUGAGAUUGCUUGUCGGAGGAAAGUUGCCUACACUGAGUUAUGGUUUAGAAGAUACUAUCUGCUUGCUCACUUCUUCAACAAAUGGAAACUCAAAUCUUCGAAUUUGCAGUCAUUGUUGUUUCUAAUUAUUUCUGUUUCAAAUGUGAUGCAUUAUGAAGAAUGCAAAAAAGUACAAAUAGUUCAUUCACUUACUAAAUUAUUGGAAUUAUACAUGUGCACGCCUAAGAGGAAUAACAAAAGGAUGAGAUGGCAGACCUCUCCAGUCAGUCCAGUCCGAUCGAGCAAGAAGAGAAAACAUUUCAUACCUGGAGCUGUCGGUUUACAAAAUCUUGGAAACACCUGCUACAUGAAUUCAAUACUUCAAGUUUUGAGAAAUGUCCAUCUACUAGCAACCUCAGCAGAACAAACGCCUGCAAGCAUCUUAGAACAGAACCUUUAUAUGGUUGAUACUGCAAAUGUUCUCAGCCAGAACUCCGUCUCAUCUGAAUCAGCUGACAGAUUAUCCGUGUCAUCGUCAACGAUAUCCUCUUCAUCAACCACGUCAUACAGUGCCACGUCAUUAGCUGCUUCUUCUCAGAUCGAUGAUUGUACCUCAAUAAACGAACCCAGUUCUAUCAAAUUGCACUAUGACAGGUCAUUGUCUCACGAAUUGAACUCCUUACUCCGAAUCAUGUGGUCUGGCAAAAUGAGCAUGGUCAGUCCGCAUAAAAUGCUGUACGCUGUCUGGAACAUCAUUCCCUUCUUCAGAGGCUACUCUCAACAAGAUGCUCAAGAGUUCCUAAGUGAAUUCUUGGACAAGGUUCAGUCGGAGAUAGACAUAAAGAAUUCCAAAAACAGCAAUAUUAACGGGAAGAGUAACUACGUCAGUGAUGCCGUUAAAAGCAAGAAUGAAGUAGAAGCUGCCUACAAAACAAACUGCCCACUCGUGCACUGCCUGACGUGCGGUUACCACUCCAGCAGGAAAGAAGCCUUCAUGGAUCUCUCUCUCGAAUUUCCUAUCCGCUUUCACACAAGGACUGGCUCCAAUAGAAUUAAUAGUUUGUGCAAAUUAGAAGAAAUGUUGAGACAGUUCAUGCGCAUUGAAAAACUGGAUGGGAAGAUAUAUGCUUGUGAACAAUGCAAUUUAUCUAGCAAAGAAGUCACAGGACCAACAAUAUAUACUGAGGCAGAGAAAAGGUUCCUCAUCAAUAAACUACCCAGCGUUUUAAGGCUUCAUCUCAAACGAUUCAUGUGGUCUGGUAGAAGUAGCAAGGGCAAGAUAAGUGUCAACGUUGCCUUCCCUCAUCAUCUUGAUGUGUCAGAAUUUUGUCAUCCGGAUGUGAUAACUGACAGUUUCCAUUACAACCUGUCAGCCGUUGUCAUGCACCACGGCAGAGGUUUUGGGUCGGGUCAUUACACUGCCUACUGUUGGAAUAACGAUGCCGAUUCAUGGUUACAUUGCAAUGAUGCGAAGAUGCAAAAAGCCACAUUGGAAGAUGUGCAGAAGGCCCAAGCCUACAUCUUAGUAUACACCAAGCUCCCUUCAAACCCACACAAUGCCAAUCUUCAAAAUAGCGCAACAUCUAACAAACGAAACAACACAACAUUUAGCGAAUCUUCACCGCUAUGUCCCCCUGACGUUUGUCCAAGUUCACUUAUGGUGAGCAAAAAAACAACUCCAAGAAGAAGUCGGAUACCAAAAUUUGCAGACGCCAGUAGGAGAUUGCGCGUAGAGAAUCAAGGAUUGUUUUCAGUCAAACGAACUCAAACAACUAUUUGGUGA